UAGUUUUGAUUAUUACAAUUGUUCUGGCUCUGUGUUUCAUGGUAUUACAAUCACAGUUGUUUUCAAGAAUUGAAAUGUUAUUAAGCAUCAUGGUUCGCUUUUCAAGUAGGUUUUGCCCAGACGUCUCUGGGAAGACUUAAGCCAAACAAAACGGAAGAGACAAGUUUCUCUCUUGUGGUCAGACCUGCCUGGUUUAAGUCAGUCCUUGAAAAGAGGUUCAGUCAAGCGCGUGAGUCAGAAUGCCUUGUUGCUGCUUUCUGAAGAGCUGGAAGCGCCCAGCUUUUAUGCUUUAAUCUUCCUGGUUAUGUGCUGUUAUAAUUCAUCCACCUUAAGUGCACUUCAAGUCAAACUGUAAAUUACCCCAUUCCUUUUCACUACUUCUCACGGCAAGCAAACUCUGGUUUGAUGGCAGUGAAAAGAUGUUAAGGGGCUGAAUGUGGGAGGUUAUAAGAAGGCCUGCGUUCGGAGGCCGUAAUGGGGACGGUUCUGGGGGAGAAUCGGUUGCCUUCACGAAGGACCUAAACGGAUGCAUGUUCCCUAGUGACACAGUCUCGCUUUGGUUAUUUUGCCAUAUUGUUAUUCCUUACCUUUAUGGAUCUAAUUCAUGCUGUUAAGUAAUGGUCAUUUUCUUGUAUUAUUUUCAUAUUGAGUAUGACAUUUCUAAGUCAAGCUCUCGAAGAAUGGUUUGCCCCAGCGGUCAGUGCCGCUUGAACUGCGUUUGGAUGUCUGUCGGAAUUUCAUUUCAGUAGAGACUGAAAACAGCCUCCUGCAGUCAUCUGGAGGUGGGCCUCAGGCAGCGGUGACGAACCGGGCGACCUCCGCAGCUGGGGCGGUUUCUGUGGUCCGCGGGCGGUGGGCUGGGCGGGGCGCGCGGCUGAGUGCGGCCCCGGCAGGCCUCGAGGGGCAGGGCGAGCUGCUGACCCGCCGCGCGGACCGGGCGGGAGGCGCGGGCCAUAUAGGUGGCGCCCCGAGGGAGAAGCACUUCGCAGCUGCAAGGGUGGCGGCGAGAGGGAGUGCCCACCUGUUGAGCUCUUAAAUGAGGACGGGAAAAUAGCAAGGAGGGGCGGAUCACCGGUGUCUCGGACUCGCCUGGAGCCCCACCCUCGGCCCGAGGAAAAGCCCCUGGGCGGCGGCAGGUGCUUCAGAGAGGGCGAGAAGGAAGGCGCUCGCCCGGGACUCCCGCGCCGCGGACCCAGCCUGCACCUGCGAACCCCUGCCCGCGCCCCGCCGCGACCUGCCUGUCCCCAACCCCCCUCCGCCCCAUGGCGGCGCUCGGGCCCGCGCGCUCCUGGAGCCGAGCCCUCUGCAGGCUGCUCCUGCCGACUCUCACGAUCUUAACAUUUGCCUGUGAUGCCUGCAAACCAGUGGUACUGUAUGUUCCUUCCAAACUGGAUGCUGAGAAAUUCAUUGGUAGAGUCAACCUGGACGAGUGCUUUCGAUCUGCAAAUCUAAUUCAUUCAAGUGACCCUGAUUUCCAAGUUUUAGAAGAUGGAUCUGUCUACACCACAAAUGCUGUUCUUUUAUCCUCACAGAAGAGAGAAUUUAUCGUAUUACUUCUCAACACAGAGAGCCAUGAAGAAAAGACGAUUUCUGUCUUUUUAGAGACUCAAAUAAAGGUACAAGAAGAAAAACACUCUACAGAACAGCUUCUGAGACGUUCCAAGAGAAGAUGGGCUCCUAUUCCUUGCUCAAUGGUAGAGAAUUCUUUGGGGCCGUUCCCGCUGUUCCUACAACAGAUCCAAUCUGACACAGCCCAAAACUACACCAUAUACUAUUCCAUCAGUGGGCCUGGAGUUGACCAAGAACCUCGAAAUUUAUUUUAUGUGGAGAGAGAUACUGGAAACCUGUACUGUCGAGGCCCGGUAGAUCGUGAGCAGUAUGAGUCUUUCCAGCUGGUUGCCUUUGCGACAACUCCGGAUGGGUACACACCAGAACUUCCAUUGCCAUUGGUAAUCAAAGUGGAGGAUGAAAAUGAUAACUACCCAAUUUUUACAGAAACAACAUACAUUUUCACAGUUUUUGAAAAUUGCAGAGUUGGCACUACCGUGGGGCAGGUCUGUGCGACUGACAACGAUGAGCCCGACACGAUGCACACACGCCUGCGGUACUCAAUCCUGGAGCAGCAGCCGGCGCGACCCACGCUUUUUACCAUGCACCCAUCCACAGGCGUGAUCACCACAACAUCAUCUCAGCUCGACCGAGAGGUACUUGAUACAUACCAGUUGAAAAUAAAAGUACAAGACAUGGAUGGCCAACAUUUUGGUUUGCAGACGACUGCCACGUGUAUCAUAAACAUUGGGGACGUGAAUGACAACUUGCCAGCCUUUACCCGCACUUCUUAUGUGACGUCAGUGGAAGAAAACACAGUUGAUGUAGAAAUCUUACGUGUUACUGUUCAGGAUAAAGAUUUAGCUAACACUGCUAAUUGGAGAGCUAAUUAUACCAUUUUAAAGGGCAAUGAAAAUGGACGUUUUAAAAUUAUAACUGAUCCCCAAACCAAUGAAGGAGUUCUAUGCGUGAUCAAGCCACUGGAUUAUGAAGAAACACAACAGGUAACACUGGAAAUCGGGGUAACUAAUGAGGCGCCAUAUACCAGAGACCUUACUUCCCAACUAGUGACUAGCACAGCGACAGUUACAGUUAUGGUGAAAAAUCAGGAUGAGGGUCCUGAGUGCAGACCUCCAACCCAGACUGUUCGUAUUAAAGAAAAUGCACCAGUGGGGACCCAGAGCGACGGCUACAAAGCAUAUGACCCAGAAACAAGAAGCAACAGUGGCAUAAGGUACAGAAAAUUAAGUGAUCCCAGAGGGUGGGUCACUCUUGAUGAAAAUUCAGGAUCGAUCACACUUCUCCGAAAUUUGGAUAGAGAAGCAGACUCUAUCCACAAUGGCGUAUACAGCAUUACAGUCCUCGCGUCAGAUCAAAAUGGAAAAAGUUGUACUGGAACCUUAGGAAUUAUCAUCGAGGACGUGAAUGAUAACGGCCCAUUCAUACCUAGGACUGUAGUGACCAUCUGUAAGCCCACCAUGUUCUCCGCAGAGAUUGUUGCUGUUGACCCAGAUGAACCCAUAAAUGGCCCACCAUUUGACUUUAGUUUGGAAAGUUCUGAUUCAGAAGUACAGAGACUGUGGAGACUGACAAGAAUUAAUGACACGGCAGCGCGUCUUUCUUACCAGAAUGACCCUCCGUUUGGGUCCUACGUGAUGCCGGUGCGAGUUACAGACAGACUCGGCCUGUCCUCGGUCACUUCGCUGACAGUCCGGCUGUGCGACUGCGUGACCCCAGCGGAGUGCGAUGUGCGCUCCAUGGAGCGGCAGGGAGGCGGCGCGGUGCGGCUGGGGCCGUGGGCCAUCCUGGCCAUCCUGCUGGGCGUGGCGCUGCUGUUCUGUGUCCUGUUUACAUUAGUGUGUGCGGCUUCGAGGGCAACCAGAGAAGUGAAAGCACUUCCCGACGAUUUAGCCCAGCAGAACCUGAUCGUGUCAAACACCGAAGCUCCUGGAGAUGACAAAGUGUAUUCCACAAAUGCCUUCACGACCCAUACCAUGGGCGUUUCUGGUCAGGGAACCUGUGGUGCAGUGGGAUCUGGAGUCAGAAACGGCGGGCAGGAGACCAUAGAGAUGGUGAAAGGAGGACAGCAGACCGUGGACGCCUACCGGGGUGCUGGGCACGUCCACACCCUGGAUCGCUGCAGGGGGGGACAUGUGGAGAUGGAGAACUCUCGGUACACGUACUCCGAGUGGCACAAUUUCACCCAGCCCCGACUUGGUGAAAAGGUGCACCUGUGUGACCAAGACGACAACCACAGGCACGCUGCAGACUACGUCCUUCCGUACAACUAUGAGGGCAGGGGGUCGGCGGCUGGCUCUGUAGGCUGCUGCAGCGACCGACAGGACGAAGACGGCCUUGAGUUUUUGGAUCAUUUAGAACCGAAAUUUAGGACACUAGCAGAAGUAUGCAUGGAGAGAUGAACAGAGUCCAGUUAGUCAACAAAAGGCAGUGGCGUUAGCAUCUAUCUUUUCUCCUUUUAAUUACAAACCAAGAAUUAAACAA